AUGUGGAAAGUAAACAUCACCAAUAUUAGUGAGUUCAUCCUGGUGGGCUUCCCAGCUGCCCCUUGGCUGCAGUUUCUGCUCUUCUUUCUCUUCCUCAUCACCUACUUAUUUGUGCUGUUGGAGAAUCUGGUCAUCAUCUUUACCAUAUGGGUCACUGCUUCCCUGCAUAAGCCCAUGUAUUAUUUUCUGGGCACCAUGUCCUUUCUGGAGGCCUGGUAUAUAUCUGUCACAGUACCCAAGAUGCUUGCUGGAUUACUCCUUCAUCCCAAUGUCAUCUCCUUCCUGGGCUGCAUGACCCAGCUCUAUUUCUUCAUGUCACUUGCCUGUACUGAGUGCGUGCUUUUGGCUGCCAUGGCCUAUGACCGUUACGUGGCCAUAUGCUGGCCUCUUCGCUAUCCAGUCAUGAUGAACACAAGGUUUUGUGUUCAGCUGACCAUCGGUUCCUGGGUGAGUGGCUUCACCAUCUCCAUGGCAAAGGUAUACUUCAUCUCCCAAGUUGCCUUCUGUGGUAGCAAUAUCUUGAACCAUUUUUUCUGUGAUGUGUCCCCCAUCCUCAAACUGGCCUGCUUGGACUUCUCUGUGGCUGAGAUGGUAGACUUUCUGCUGGCUAUUGUCAUCCUUGUGUUUCCUCUUUCAGCCACUGUUCUCUCCUAUGUCUUCAUUGUCUCUACCAUCCUCCACAUACCUUCAUCCAGUGGACAGCGGAAGGCCUUCUCCACCUGUGCCUCUCAUAUUACCGUGGUGGUCAUCUUCUACACGGCUGUGAUCUUCAUGUACGUCCGACCUCGGGCCAUUGCCUCACUGAACUCCAACAAAUUGAUUUCAGCCAUCUAUUCAGUCUUUACCCCCAUGCUCAAUCCUAUCAUCUACUGCCUGAGGAACAAGGAGGUCAAGCAUGCCAUCAGAAAGACCAUGGCAAGUGGCCGAGCCCUUUUCUUGAGAGAUUCUCUUUGCUAA